AUGGUUUCCCCUCGCUUCAUCCCUUCGAGGCUUGAUGGAAUCGAGGACGUCGAAGACUACCAACCUGGCGGAUUCCACCCAAUAUCGAUUGGCGAUGACUUUGAACAAGGGCGUUUCAGAGUCCUUCAUAAACUCGGAUUUGGAGGUUCUUCUACUGUUUGGCUGGCCCGUGAUCAGCGGGCAAGGGAAGACCAGGGCAGAAUCGUCACUCUCAAGGCAAUGCGCUCUGAUGUUCCCUCGUCCAGCACCCCGAGCCAAAUCCCCGAACUGUCCAUUUCCCAGAAACUCAGAGCAUCUCUUCCUCAUUCCGAGACCAUUGGCUUCCAGACUGUCAACCACCAUUUCUUCGUACAAGGCCCGAACGGCAACCACCUAUUCCUCAUAUCCCCCUUCGCCGGCCCGAGCAUCCUUGCCAUGUCUGACUCUCCCGGCCGCGUCGCUGGUAGUCGACGACUACGUGCAGACUUGGCUAGGAAGGUCGCGAAACAAACAGUAGAAACGAUACACCACAUGCACUGUGCGGGUGUCGUCCAUGGAGACCUGACCACAUCGAACAUCCUGUUUCGCCUGUCGCCCCAUGUCCUUGAAUGGUCGGACACCGAAGUGUACGCUCAUCUGGGCGAUCCCGAAACGGAGAAUGUUAGAACUCGUGACGGGCAACCCUUGGGCCCGAACGCACCAGCUAUGCUCAUCGCCCCCAUCCAGAACUCCAGAAUGUCAGACACAUCACUUCUUGAAGAAAGCACCAUCGUUAGUGACUUUGGCCAGUCCUACGUCGCCGCCUCUCCACCGCCGUCCUAUGAGCCAGGAACGGUGUUAAAUUACCAGUCACCGGAGGCUCGCUUUGCGGGGCGAGCGAGCUUCGAGGCAGAUGUCUGGUCUCUCGGAUGCGCCAUCUUUGAAAUUCGUGCUGGCUUUGCCCUCUUCGAAUCGUUCCUGGGGAGUGAUAUCGACGUUCUCAAACAGACGGUCGAGACGCUUGGACGACUACCUGACCCUUGGUGGGGUGCUUUUGAACAGCGGUCACUAUGGUUUGAGGAGGAUGGCCAGCCCAAGAGCGAGCAGGAUCAAGAACGUGCUGGCGUGCUCCUGAAAUCCUACAAAACUUCUAUCAGAGCAAAGUUGCUCCAGAUAGGCGAGCAGGACGAUCCGUCGUCUGAAGACGAAGGACCGAUGAUAGAAAAACUCGGGGUGCGACUGCCUGAGGAAGAAGUUGAUAUGUUGGUGGACCUUUUGGAGAAGAUGUUGAAGUAUAGGCCAGAGGAGAGGAUUUGUUUACAGCAUGUCAUUCGGCAUCCGUGGUUUACAUUGUAA